AAUCACGUGGUUCCCUUGACAGAAAACCCACACAACCUGACCUUGAACUUUCUAUUGAACCUCACCAAGAUGGCAGCUCCAGUCAUGAGAAAGUCAAGCUCUGUUUUUCGUUUGAUCAACCCAUCUAAUGUAUUUGCCCAGCAAAGCAGAAACAAUGCUAUCUGGAGCAAUGUGGAAAUGGGACCACCAGAUGCUAUUCUUGGGGUCACAGAAGCAUUUAAAAAAGACACCAGCCCUAAGAAGAUGAAUCUAGGAGUGGGUGCUUAUCGCGAUGAUGCUGGAAAGCCCUAUGUUUUACCUUCAGUGAAAAAGGCUGAAGAUUCCAUUGUACAAGCAGGCUUAGAUAAAGAAUAUGCUGGAAUUAUUGGUGUACCUGAUUUUUACAAUGCUGCCAUCAAAUUGGCACUCGGAGCUGAUAGUCCAGUUUUAAAGGAAAAAUUGAAUGUGACUACCCAAGCCAUUUCUGGUACUGGUGCUCUGCGCAUUGGUGCUAAUUUUUUUAACAAAUGGUAUACAAAAAGUAAGACCUUUUGGUUACCUACACCAUCUUGGGGAAACCAUACACCAAUUUUGAAGCAUGCAGGCUUGAAUGUAAGCUCCUAUAGAUACUAUGAUCCAAAUACCUGUGGGUUUGAUUUCAAAGGUGCUAUUGAAGAUAUUCAGAAAAUACCUGAGGGUGAUGUAGUUUUGCUUCAUGCUUGUGCUCACAAUCCUACUGGUGUUGAUCCUAAGCCAGAGCAAUGGAAAGAGCUUAGUCAGGUUAUCAAACAGCGAAAGCUUUUCCCAUAUUUUGAUAUGGCUUACCAAGGCUUUGCUAGUGGAUCUACUGACCAAGAUGCUUUUGCUGUACGCCAGUUCAUCAGAGAUGGGCACCAAAUGGCUUUAAGCCAGUCAUUUUCUAAGAAUAUGGGACUUUAUGGUGAACGUGUUGGAGCAUUUUCAAUAAUUUGCUCCAGCACUGAGGAGGCUGAGAGGGUUAUGUCCCAGGUGAAAAUCAUCAUUCGGCCAUUGUAUUCCAACCCUCCUGUACAUGGUGCUCGCAUUGCUGCCAAGAUUCUAAACACACCAGAGUUGAAUGCUCAGUGGCUUAAAGAAGUCAAAGGAAUGGCUGAUAGAAUAAUACUAAUGAGAAACCGCCUUAGGGAUGGACUGAAAAAAGAAGGCUCCAGCCGUAACUGGCAACAUAUAACUGACCAGAUUGGCAUGUUUUGUUUCACUGGACUUAAGCCUGAUCAGGUUGAACGCCUAACUAAAGAGUUUUCCGUCUACCUUACAAAAGAUGGCCGUAUUUCAGUGGCUGGAGUUUCUUCAAACAAUGUGGAUUACCUAGCACAUGCCAUCCAUCAAGUUACUAAAUAAAUCAGGCAAUACAAAUGUGUAUGAAUGAAAGUAAGACUAUUAUUUUAAAAACUGAUAGCUUCAGUUGGUGUGAUAAAGGUUUCUUUUUGUCUUUUCUUUUGAUGUUUUCUUUCUCUUAUUUGAACACAGGUUACCCAGAAUAUUCAAUUUAGUUUGUUGUAAAAUUAAAUGCUUUGUUUUUUAUGUACCAAAGUUGUUAGCUUACUAAGAUCUGGUUACUGUAACUAAUUGAUUAAUUGCUGUUAAAUCAAGACUGAAUGUUAUUCUCUACAUUUAUUAAAGCUUUUUAAAUGAACCAAUUUUCUAUGUUUCCUUUAAAAACAGUAAUAAUCUCUUGUAAUGUCUAUGUUUAUCAAUUUUAAACUUAAAUGAUUGUAUUUAAAUGUUUGUAUGAAGAAGUUCUGAUGUUUCUGUGCAAGCUGCACACAUUUUUUCCCAUUAAAAAUGUGACUAAUAUUUUUACAUCAUUGUACACUUAGUAAUUAAUUUUUUUUUUUGUAGUCUUAAGAUAUUUGGUCAAAAUAUGUUUAAUUUAAUUUUGCAUAUCACCAACAAUUUUUUAAAACUUAAAGAGGUAAUUACCUAGUCUUUUGUUUAUUUUACUGAUAUUUACAAGCUUACAUACUCAAAAUUUAUUUAUUCCAUACUACUUCAUUUGAUCUCUUGUCCAAACCAGAAUUUAUUUAACAAAUGUAAACAAUGCAUUUCAUGUAAAGGACUUUUCACAUAUUCUUUACACUGGCGUAGUGCUUAGGAUUUUUUUGUGAAUAAGGACUACAAAAUGUUAUUUCCAACCUUGCAGACCUCUUGCAAUCAUAAUGUACUAUUCAUGUUUGUUUAGAGGUAAUACACAUUGACUGAAAUUUAA